AUGCAGGCUUCUUCAGCAUCUGAUUGUGUGGCUACUUUCAAGCUCAUUCUUGUUGGUGAUGGUGGUACGGGAAAGACAACAUUUGUGAAGCGUCACUUAACAGGUGAGUUUGAGAAGCGCUAUGUGGCAACGGUGGGCGUGGAUGUCCACCCACUGACAUUCCACACAAACCGCGGUAAGAUCUGCUUUAACUGCUGGGAUACCGCAGGGCAGGAGAAGUUUGGUGGACUGCGUGAUGGUUACUACAUUGAGGGACAAUGCGCUAUCAUCAUGUUCGAUGUGACGAGUCGCAAUACAUACAAGAAUGUACCUAACUGGCAUCGUGACAUUACACGCGUGUGUGACAACAUUCCUAUCGUGCUGGUAGGAAACAAAGUAGACUGCGCGGACCGUCAGGUGAAGGCGAAGAUGAUCACCUUCCAUCGCAAGAAGGGACUUCAAUACUAUGAUAUCUCCGCCAAGUCGAACUACAACUUUGAAAAGCCAUUCCUUUGGUUGGCAAAGAAAUUGGCAAAUGAUCCCAACCUCACACUGGUGGAGGCGCCCAUGCUUGACCCCAAUGUGCAGCCACUCUCCGCAGAGCAAUUGCAGGCCCUGCAAGAGGAGGCACGCGCUGUUGAGAAUGCGCCGUUGCCAAUGGGUGACGAUGACUAG